AUGGUCCACGGCAGAAAUCAAGUCAUGUCGUCGUUGUUUACUUCCAAUCCCGAGAUCAAUCUACCCAAGUUUUCCAAAAAGACCACCCAACGCAGCGAUAUCCCGAGCAAUGCGCCCAUUGCCGAUUCAGGGAACUUUACCGGUAUUGGCAUUGACGCCGAUCUGGUGGAUCUGCUCCAAAAGAAGUUUAAUGUCGAUACACCGACCAAUGUCCAACGGAGAGCCAUCCCAUUGUUGCUAGGACCAUCGCGCGAGGUCCUGGAUGCCGCCAUUCCUGAUCAAGAUGUCGACGUUGUCGUGCAGGCUCAAACCGGUUCCGGAAAGACCUUGACCUAUUUAUUACCCAUCAUCAACCGCCUAGUCGCGGCCUCCACGUAUAAUCCCGCUAACUCGGGUAGCGUAGCCCCUUUUGGUGAUCGAUCGGUCGGCACGGUGGCCAUCAUCUUGGCCCCUACACGUGAAUUGGCACAGCAGGUGACAGGCGUGUUGACGCAGUUGGUGAAUUUACCGAGACCCAAGGCGGAAGGCGUUCGACGACUUCAUUGGAUCGUGCCUGGUAUGGUCAUUGGUGGUGACAGCAAGAGCAAGGAAAAGGCACGUCUGCGAAAAGGCGUCAAUGUGCUUGUGAGUACGCCCGGUCGAUUGCUGGAUCAUUUGGAAAACACCAAGAGCUUUGAUAUUCAAAAUCUGAAAUGGCUGGUCCUCGAUGAAGCCGAUCGCUUACUGGAUCUCGGAUUUGAAGAAACGCUGAAAAAGAUCAUGACCAUCAUUGAUGAACGUACUCGCACCCAAGGAUCCGAAAAAUUCAAACCAUUGAUGAAGAGUAAAUACUGGCCCAAACGACGACAGACGGUUCUGUGUUCCGCCACGUUGCGUGAGGAUGUGAAAAGUCUGGCGGGAUGGUUACUGGUCAAGCCUGUGUUUGUGCGUGGCAUGGAACUGGAGUCGACCGGCGACUCGACAGAAGCGACCUCGGACGAGGCCAUGGAAGACAUCAAAUUCACCGCCCCCAAUCAGUUGAAGCAAAAGUAUACCAUUAUCCCGGCCAAAUUGCGUCUUGUUACUCUCGUCGCCUUGUUGAAAUCGUGCUUUGUCUCUCGACGAAAUAAGCCUUUAAGCAGCAAAGUGAUUGUUUUCUUUUCGUGUUGCGACUCCGUUGAUUUUCACUACGAUCUGUUGGCCAAUGCCGGCAAGGCUCUGGAGGACGAGGACGAGGAAAAUGAAGAAGACUUGGAAGAAGAUGAUGAGGAUCAUGAGCAAACGAUGAUGAAAAAGACGUUGGAAAAAAUCAUGGGAAAGACCGACAUGAGCAAAAAUAAACAGAUCAAAAAGAAGCAGCCAAAGAAAGACGACGAUCUAGAGAAGAAGAAACCGUUCCAAAUCAGCACUCUCUUGGGCGAGGUACCUGUUUUCCGUCUUCACGGCGACCUGGAGCAGCAGGUGCGCACGGAAACAUUUUCAGAGUUUAGCAAGGCUUCGGCAGGCGUCUUACUGUGUACGGAUGUGGCCGCGCGUGGAUUGGAUUUGCCCAAUGUAGAUCGCAUUGUUCAGUACGAUCCACCCACCGAUAUGAAAGACUAUGUACACCGUGUGGGUCGUACCGCGCGUCUAGGUAAAGCCGGUGAAGCCAUGUUGUUCCUCUUGCCAAGUGAAAUGGAGUAUCUGGACAUCAUCAAAGCUCAGGAUCUAUACCCUGAUCCUGUCACCGUGGAAUCCAUCCUCGAAGGUCUCGUGGAGAAACACUCAAAGCAAGAUUUCCAAACCGCGGCGCAAGAAUUGCAAAACAACAUGGAACAAUAUGUUCUUUCGCAGGAAGAGAAUGUUGUGAUGGCUCGCAAGGCUUAUUGGUCCAGUGUGCGUGCGUAUGCUACACAUUCGGCUGCUGAGAAGCAUAUUUUCCACGUUCGAAAACUGCAUCUUGGCCACAUUGCGAAAGCGUUUGGUCUUCGCGAAGCGCCUUCGAAUCUGCACGAGCAGAGCAAGGGUCAAAAGAAGAGACAAGCCAAGCAAGAGCGUACGCCCGGUCAACACAAGUUUGGAGCCAAAGGAGGCGAGGUGAAAAAGAAUCCUAUGAAGCGCAAAUACGAUCAAGCCGAUGAAUUCGCCAUCACCAGUGCCGACAAACUCGUCUCGGGACCUGUCACCAAAAAGAAGAAGAAACUCGCCAAGAAAUAA